UUUUUUUUUGACGUUCGAAAAGUGUUGUUUUGCAGCCAAGUUUAAGUAAAUGAUUUUUGACUUGGAUUUUAAAUAGUUUUCUCUUGUAUUUAUAGCUAUUAAUGGUGAGAUGAAGGGCCUCAUACUCUUACUGCUGCUGAUCGCGUGUGUACUCGCGGGACCUCGUGUUGAUCCGCUAGUGGAAGCCCCAGUAGGCCUCAUACGAGGUCUGCGCAGUGAAGAUGGAGACUACGACAUGUUUCUAGGAAUACCUUACGCUUUGGUGGAUGAAGACAACCCGUUUUCGGAAUCCACACCCCACCCUGGCUUCAAACAACCCUACUCCGCCUAUAGCGACGAUAUUUUCUGCCCCCAAACUAUCAAUAACAUCGUCACAGGCACGAUCCAAUGCUUGCAACUGAACAUCUAUGUACCAACCACUGCCGACUCGAGUCAUACAUUACCAGUAAUGGUAUUCUUCCCUGGCGGAGCCUUCGUCAGAGUACAAAAAACAAGAGAAGAAUACUCCCCGAAGUUCUUAAUACGUCAUGAUGUCAUUAUAGUGACUUUUAACUACAGAGUUGGGCCGUAUGGUUUCUUAUGUCUGAGCGAACCAGGUUAUAACAACCAGGGAUUAAAAGACCAAGUUCUAGCUGUGAAUUGGAUUAAAGACAAUAUUGGAGCGUUCGGUGGUGAUGUUAAUAGGAUAACUGCGUUUGGACAAUCAGCUGGGAGCAUGUCUUUAGAUAUUCAUUUGUUGAAUUUCGAAGGUUUUUUUAAUAGAGUGAUUUUGCAAAGCGGCGUUGCUAUUUCGCCUUGGGUGGUUACUGAUGAGAAUGAUAGAUUUAUUUAUAAUGUUGCUAAAGAACUUGGUCAUAAUUUUGACAAUGUAACUGAAGUUAUAAAGUUUCUAUCAACUAAAGAUCCUUUGGAAGUGAUCAGAGCGUCCAAUGAACACCUGUAUUUUCGUAACAGAAAUCCUGUGCCAAGACCUUGUGUAGAAAAAAUUGGUAACGAUAUGACUUUGAAAGAUUUUCCUAUUAACUUAGAACCUAAAGUUAAAAAUAUAGACAUAAUGGUAGGACAUACAAACAAGGAAGUUAAAUUUGUGUACCCUGACAAUGCGAGACCAGAUUUUUAUAGGAACUACGAUUUCAAAGAUGAACUAUUAUUUGUUUUUCCUGAAGACAUUAACUCGGAUAUCGUUCAACAAUUUUAUAUUGGAGACGAAACUCUAUCUGAAGAAUUACAAAGCAAAAUCCUAGAUUAUAGCUCAGAUUUCGCUUUUAGCUAUCCAGCUGAGAAAUCAGUUGAAAGAUAUAUAAAUGCUGGAGCUAGAAGUGUGUAUAAAUACAUGUUUUCUUACGAAGGGGGUAGGAAUAGAGUGAGUAUUAACAGGAACUUCACAGCUAAAGGAGCCUCGCAUUCAGAUGAUACUACGUAUAUAUUUGAUAAUGAAAUGUUUGAGGGUAUGCAGCCGAGUGAGAAAGAUCAGAGGAUUAUAGAUGCCAUGACUACAAUGUGGACGAAUUUCGCUAAAUAUGGUGACCCCACGCCAUCGAUAACAGAUGUCACCCCAGUAAGAUGGCGUCCAGCACAGCUGUCACGGCGGCCAUAUUUGAACAUAGACAACGAGUUAACUGUCAAGAGCCGCGUGUUUCACGACAGAAUGGCUUUCUGGGAGAUUUACUUUAAGCUGUACGUGGAUAAAUUGAAUAGUUAUAAGGGGAUUAAAGAUUUGAAAUGAAGAAAAACUUUCUUUUUU